AUGUUGACGGAGUAUCUGCUUCUACCGCUUCUAGCGACGUAUAGCGCGGCAGUCCAGAUCUCUGUAGCAAAGUCCGGGGGCAAUGCCACCUCCAACUUGCAGUAUGGUGUGAUGGAGGAGGAGAUCAACCACUGUGGUGAAGGUGGCCUCUACGCGGAAUUGAUCCGCAACAGAGCUUUCCAAGGAAGUACCACUUAUCCAUCUUCUCUGGACGCGUGGACUGCUGUGGGUGAUUCAACGCUCUCAAUCCACAAUUUGACUAGCCCACUUUCCUCUGCUCUUCCAACUUCGGUCAGAGUUUCUGGCAAAGGGACCGUAGGUCUCUCUAACGAUGGAUUCUGGGGAAUUGAUGUGCGGCCACAGAAAUACUCUGGAUCCUUCUAUGUGAAGGGUUCUUACAAGGGCUCGUUCACAGCCUCUCUUCGCUCGGCCACUAGUGGAAAGACCCUGGAAAGCACCCAGGUUAAAUCAAAGAGUACUGCAGGGAAUGGUUUCUCGCUUACGUUUGAUGCUUCCAAAGCAUCCGGCGGCUCCCUUGACUUCAACUUCAUCAGUCUGUUCCCACCGACUUGGAACAAUCGCCCCAAUGGCAUGCGACGUGACUUGAUGCAGGCUUUAAGUGAUUUGGGUCCAAAAUUCCUUCGCUUUCCAGGUGGUAAUAACCUUGAAGGAGAUACAAUUGAUGGCCGCUGGAAGUGGAACGAGACCAUCGGACCCCUGAUAGACCGACCCGGUCGUGCAACGACUUGGGGCUAUGAAGAGACCAGUGGCAUGGGAUUGGUCGAGUACAUGGAAUGGUGCGACGACCUUGGCAUGGAGCCCAUCCUUGCGGUGUGGGCCGGGCUUGCUCUCAAUGGGGAUGCCGUCCCGGAAGCCGAUAUUGAUAUCUAUGUCCAAGAUGCCCUAAAUGAGUUGGAGUUCUUGACCGGAUCUGUUCAUACAAAGUAUGGUGCUCUGCGUGCCAAGUACGGCCACCCAGAUCCUUGGACCAUUCGGGUUCUGGCGUCAACUAUCGACAUGACUUUACCAGCGUCGGCUGGUGGUGAUUAUCACAUGUAUGACAUUCCCGAUAACUUCGUCACCAAGUUCGAUAUGUUCGACAACUAUACUGACGAGCAUCCGAUUCUUCUCGGUGAGAUUGCUGCGACGGAGUACAACAACGGUGUUGGAAUUGACUGGAGCGACACGCACUUCUCGCUGUGUCCUUGGUGGAUUGGCUCAGUCGCCGAAGCUGUUUUUCUUCUGGGCGCUGAGCGUAACGCCGACAAGGUUAUCGGAACAACCUACGCGCCAUACUUCAUGAAUUUGGACAGCUAUGAAUGGUCGCCAACUAUGAUCUCUUUCAAUGCCAACCAAGAUGACACGGCCAAAUCAACCAGCUGGCAUGUGUACAAUCUCUUCAACAAGAACCACAUGACCAACACUUUACCUGCCACCUGGGACGGCACAUAUGGUCCGCUGUACUAUGCUGUCGGUCUAGACAGUGCGACCGACUCUCGCAUCUUCAAGGCAGCAGUGUAUAACAGCACCACCGAAGUCCCAGUAUCGCUUACCUUCGACGGCGUUGGAAGGGGCACAACGGCAGACUUGACAAUCUUGACCGCACCCACCGCGUACUCAAUGAACGAGGUUGGAGGAGCCAACAUGGUGAAAAGCCAGACCACCACAAUCAAGGCCGGCAAGAAGGGCGUGUUUAGCUUCAGUCUCCCUAACCUUAGUGUUGCCGUACUCACGACCAAUGCUUGA